UUACGUGACUUGACGCCUUUUGCACGGGAUGAUUGUGGCAGGCAGGCUGCGCGAAGCCCGUUGAGUGCAGUUAGUGACAGGAGGACAACUCGUCCAGCUAGUAAUUAUCUCUCCUUUUCCACAUUCCAGGAGACAAAGGACACAUUUAAAUACACAAACCAGGCCGAGGAAGCGUUAGGAAUAUUCUGACGACACCGCCUUUUUUGUUUUGUGUCGCUGUGUCUGAAGUGUGUCCGGCGUGUUGUGUUUUGAAGGCCUGUUGCUGUGGAAGGCGGGGGGAGAUCCUCGGACUCGCCCAGGUAGAUGUCGCCGGGCCGAGAGGGUGCAGAGGACCCCGACCGGAGCUCCGUCGACGGCGUUGGAUUCACCAGGUCACUCCCAGAGAAAUGAGGCGCGUGGUGGUGUCUGGACCUUCAAGUCUCACUUCGCCACCUGCUAUUAAUUAACCUGACCCCGACUGCCCUUGAUCGUCUUUGGAGGGAUCUUCCGGAAAAAAAUGAAUCGUUACUUGCCCGUGGCGAGACAGCACUUCUUGGCCGCGCUCGCCAGCACCAGCGUGGUGGUGAAGGCCAUAAGUGCCCUGGUGGUUCUCCUCUACCUGCUCUCCUGGGCUGUGGACACGUCGUACGCACUGGGGAUCACCCCGGGUUAUCUCUUUCCUCCUAACUUCUGGGUGUGGACGCUCGUCACCCAUGGGCUGGUGGAGCAGCAUGUGUGGGGCGUGGCGGCCAACGUGGGCACCGUAAUGACUUGUGGGCGCCUGCUGGAGCCUCUGUGGGGCGCGCUGGAACUGCUGAUCUUUUUCGCCGUGGUAAAUGUAUCCGCUGGCCUUCUAGCGGGCCUCUCCUACCUCUUCACCUACGCGGCCACCUUUAACCUGGACUUCUUGUUUGCGGUCCGCGUCCAUGGAGGGGCUGGCUUUCUGGGAGGUGUCCUGGUGGCGCUGAAGCAGACCAUGGGCGAUACGACGGUGCUCAGAGUUCCACAGGUAAGGCUCAAAGCAGCCCCGGCGUUGGUCCUCCUCCUCUUGGCCUUACUGCGUCUCUCAGGGCUGCUGGAGAGCUCCGCCCCCCUGGCAGCGUACAGCUACGGCGCCUUCUCCGGCUGGGUCUACCUGCGCUUCUACCAGAGGCACAGCCGGGGCCGCGGGGACAUGUCUGACCACUUCGCCUUCGCAAGCUUCUUCCCCGAGGCACUGCAGCCGGUGGUGGGUCUGCUGGCGGGGCUCGUCCAUGCCACCCUGGUCAAGGUGAAGGUGUGCAGGAAGAUGGUGAAGAGGUACGACGUGGGGGCGCCGUCGUCCAUCACCAUCAGCCUGCCGGGGACAGACCCACAGGAUGCAGAGAGGAGGAGACAACUGGCCCUCAAGGCGCUGAACGAGCGUCUAAAGCGCGUGGAGGACCAGUCCGCCUGGCCCAGCAUGGACGACGACGAAGAAGACGAGGAGGACAACGAGGUCAGGACAGACAUGGAGCCGCUCCUCCCGCGUGACGCUCCCUCUUCCACUCCCAGACCAACAUCGGGGGGACUCCUGGGCAUGUCCCUCUCCUCCUCCUCCAUGUCGCACAGCGGAGGAGCGCAGCCCAACCCGGAGUCGAGCAUCAUCAGCUUCGAGGACGCACCAUCCAGGUCGUAACCCACCUAAGGCGCACCAUGACUGGGAUGUAUUCAGCCAUGGGACACUCUCUGACGUCCAGAUGGCUUUUUCUCUUUCACACGUGUCGUCACCUCGUCCUGCUUGAAGCCUCAGAGGCGGGAUGUUGCGUUGACGGCACCGGGCGCCGCGUCCUCCUGCUUUUUAAACCAAUGGCAAAUCGGAUGUACAAUUUCCUCAUCUGUGUCUGAGCGGCCGCAAGGAAGAGUUCGUACUUGCCAGACCUCUGGCUUGGACUUUGGGGAUUUUGGAGGUUUGGCGACACAGCUAGUAAAGAAAAGAGAGAUGCUCUUUGAAUAACAAAAGGAAGAAAAAAAAAGUGCCAGCUGAGAAUAUUCUGGACCAAGUGUUCCUUUGCUGCCUUUUCUCCUGGAGUGUCACACUUGCAGGACACCAGAAAACUGCUUGUUUCUUUUGUCCGAGGUUUGUUUACCACUUUGAAACCUGCUCCUGCACAAGUCUGACUCCAGGUCAUUCUGGACUAUGCUGUUUAAGUUGUAGAGCGCUGCCAGGUUUAGCAAUAGCUGUUCAACUAUUGCAGUCCUUUUUGGGGUCUUUCACUCUUAUAUCGGUUUGAUACAAACAAGAUCAUUGGAAAAACAAAACAAAAACAGCAGGUUUAAUAGAGGAGAGCUGCAGUCACAGUCUUGUUUGCUUUAUUUGCACUCUGUCAUUUGUAAAAUGUCAGCGUUAGGUGAAUCCUGUUUGAGUUUUUGGAAUCUAAACUUCCAUGAACUCCACUUUAUGGUUGGAAUGGGAAAAAAAGCAUCUUUAUUUUUGCCAUUUUACCCCAGACAGCAACAAUUCAAUGUAUUGUUCUCUGAUUUUACUUUCUGAUUCUCUUGUAAUUGUUUUUUCCUGCCUGAAUCAUGAUAUUGUCAGAUCAGGAAAAAAAAAAACCCAACUAAAACCACAUUUGUUUUUUAGCUUUGCGAAUAAAUUCACAUUGCACAGAAAGCAGAAAUGCUCCUCAUUCAAUAAAUUAAUUACAAAGUGAUUGUUUCUGUUUGGGAUUACAAAUUUGUGUGUAGGGACUGCAGAAAAGAAAAAUAGUUUGGACUGAUUUAAACCAGAGGAUCCAAGCCAUGGAAAUUGUCCCAUCUUCUUGUUCAACCUCCUUAAUUUAUUGUGCCUUUUAGAGGAUCACGCUGGCCAUUGUUGCUCAUUUGUGUCUCCUCCAACCAACCAACACAAAGUCAUGGAGAGAAUAUUAAUGCUUCAAAUUUGGAGUUACAAUUACGGUUUCAUGGUGCCAAAUUAGUGUGAAUAUUGCUGUUUUUGCUACUAAUCAGUGGUUUCACUUCUCUUUGCUUUUUCCCUCUAUUCUACAAACCCCGUUUCCAUAUGAGUUGGGAAAUUGUGUUAGAUGUAAAUAUAAACAGAAUACAAUGAUUUGCAAAUCCUUUUCAACCCAUAUUCAAUUUAAUGGACUACAAAGACAAUAUAUUUGAUGUUCAAACUCAUAAACUUUAUUUUUUGUUUGCAAAUAAUAAUUAACUUUGAAUUUCAUGGCUGCAACACGUGCCAAAGUAGUUGGGAAAGGGCAUGUUCACCACUGUGUUACAUCACCUUUUCUUUUAACAACACUCAAACGUUUGGGAACUGAGGAAACUAAACGUUGAAGCUUUGAAAGUGGAAUUCGUUCCUCAUUCUUGUUUUAGAAUAGAAUACAAUAGAAAGUACUCAAUUGAUCCCUGGGGGAAAUUUAACAUUUUAUCUGGAGCUUCAGUCGUUCAACAGUCCGGGGUCUCUGCUGUCGUAUUUUGCGCUUCAUAAUGCACCACACAUUUUCAAUGGGAGACAGUUCUGGACUGCAGGCAGGCCAAGAAAGAACCCGGACUCUUUUUUUUUUUACGAAACCACGCUGUUGUAACACGUGCUGAAUGUGGCUUGGCAUUGUCUUGCUGAAAUAAGCAGGGGCGUCCAUGAAAAAGACGGCGCUCAGAUGGCAAACAGUGCCAUCUGAGUGAUCGAAAGUCACGGUCAUUCAAUGUUGGUUUCCGGCCAUGCCGCUUACGUGGAGUGAUUUCUCCAGAUUCUCUGAACCUUUUGAUGACAUUAUGGAGCGUAGAUGUUGAAAUCCCUAAAUUUCUUGCAAUUGCACUUUGAGAAACGUUGUUCUUAAACUGUUUGACUAUUUGCUCACGCAGUUGUGGACAAAGGGGUGUACCUCGCCCUAUCCUUUCUUGUGAAAGACUGAGCAUUUUUUUGGGAAGCUGUUUUUAUACCCAAUCAUGGCACCCACCUGUUCCCAAUUAGCCUGCACACAUGUGGGAUGUUCCACAUAAGUGUUUGAUGAGCAUUCCCUCAACUUUAUCAAUAUUUUUUGCCACCUUUCCCAACUUCUUUGUCACGUGUUGCUGGCAUCAAAUUCUAAAGUUAAUGAUUAUUUUCACAAAAAAAAGUUUAUGAGUUUGAACAUCAAAUAUGUUGUCUUUGUAGCAUAUUCAACUGAAUAUGGGUUGAAAAGGAUUUGCAAAUCAUUGUAUUCUGUUUAUAUUUACAUCCAGCACAAUUUCCCAACUCAUAUGGAAACGGGGUUUGUAGAUAUCAGUAAGAGAAAGAAACCAGAAAUAAACAAUUAUCCAUCCAGCGAUUCAUUUUAUACCGCUUGUCCCUCCCGAAAUGAAAUACUUUUGUUGUGAUGAAGCCAAUAUGAUGUUGAUGACACAGCUAAGGAAAGUAUGCCUAACAGUUCUCUAUGUUGGUUCAUCAAAAUAGCACAGCAGCAGGUUUUUCCCUCUUCGUUCAUUUUGUUUGUACACUUUUACCUGUUCUUCAACCUAUCUGAAUCUCACCUUGAUGGGACUUUCUCUCUGUAUGUUGCACACCUUGCAGUUUUAGUUUACAAUAUAUUUCUGUACAUAAAAUAAAAAGGCCAUUGUAUGA